CAACUCCGCAGUGUCGACACCGAAGAAGCUGAAGCCAGCUAGCUUACAUGUUCGAAUUUUUCCGUUCCACCUUAAAUGGUGCAGCAGUUGCGUUCUGACGCCUCAGGCGUUAUGACAACAGCGGCCCCAUUUAAGGUGGCACGGAAACAUUAGAACAGAAGCUGGCGAGUAAGAAGCUUUUGUUCUUGGCUAGUAAACAUCUUAGCUAUCUAAGCUAGCCCGUCGGCUGACUUAGUUUGCUCACCGAGAUUAAUUUGUGUUUAUCAUGCUAACCUCGCUAGCUAGCAAACAGGCUAGCUGAAUAGUCCUCGGUGCGGCUCUGUUUGUGUUUACUGAGCGAGAGCUAACCAGCGGCGGUGUUUAGAGAGAGGCUUCCAGCAGCGACAGUAUCAGCACUGCCAGUAGCUGCAGUGUGUCCUCCGGUAGCGCUGCUGUUUCUGCCCCUGCCCCUGCCCCCAAGUCUGUCUCCCCCACCCCUCGGAGCAUCAGUAGUGUGGCCAUGGUGGACGUCAGCAAAUGGCCCCUCUUUACCCUCAUGAGUGCGCAGGAGAUCGCCUCAAUACGCCAGGCAUGUGUCUUCGGAACAUCUGCCAACGAGGCCAUCUACAUCACCCACGAUGAUGAGGUGUACGUAUUUGGGCUGAACUGCAGUAACUGUUUGGGCACAGGGGACAGUCAGAGCACCAUCGUCCCCAAAAAACUGGACUGCCUGAGUGGGAAAAAGGUGGUCAGUCUCAGCUAUGGCAGUGGGCCUCAUGUUCUACUUGCUACAGAUGAAGGAGAGCUAUAUGCUUGGGGACAUAAUGGGUACAGUCAGCUCGGUAACGGAACCACCAAUCAGGGAGUGUCUCCUGUGCUGGUGUCCACUAACCUGCAGAACAAGAGGGUGAUUGAGGUGGCCUGUGGGUCGCACCACUCGUUGGCUCUGACCCAUGAUGGGGAGGUGUUCGCCUGGGGGUACAACAACUGUGGUCAGGUGGGUUCGGGCUCCACUGCCAACCAGCCCACGCCACGUAAAGUCUCCAACUGCCUCCAGAACAAAGCGGUGGUCAGCAUAGCCUGUGGCCAGACCUCCUCCAUGGCUGUGUCAGACAAUGGGGAGGUGUAUGGUUGGGGCUAUAAUGGUAAUGGACAGCUUGGGUUGGGAAACAAUGGGAACCAACUGACUCCAUGCCGUCUAGCAGCGCUACAGGGUCUGUGUGUUCUGCAGAUUGCGUCUGGUUACGCCCACUCGCUGGCACUGACAGAUGAGGGGCUUCUGUACGCUUGGGGAGCCAACACUUAUGGUCAGCUCGGUACAGGCAAUAAGAGCAACCAGCUCAGUCCCGUUCAGGUCAUGGCCGAGAAAGAGAGGAUUGUGGAGAUAGCUGCCUGCCACUCCACACACACCUCUGCAGCAAAGACCCAGAGCGGUCAGGUGUAUAUGUGGGGUCAGUGUAGAGGCCAGUCCAUCGUCCUGCCCCACCUUACACACUUCUCCUGCACGGACGACGUCUUUGCCUGCUUUGCCACGCCUUCAGUCAUGUGGAGGCUGCUGUCAGUAGAGCAUGAUGACUUCCUGACAGUGGCCCAGUCUCUGAAGAAAGAGUUCGACAGCCCUGAGACUUCAGACCUCAAGUUCAGCGUAGAUGGCAAAUUUAUUCACGUCCACAAAGCAGUGCUCAAAAUCAGAUGUGAACACUUCCGGUCCAUGUUUCAGUCCCACUGGAAUGAGGAUAUGAAAGAGGUCAUAGAGAUCGAUCAGUUCUCAUACCCUGUCUACCGCUCCUUCCUUGAGUUCCUCUACACAGACACUGUGGAUCUUCCCCCAGAAGAUGCCAUCGGACUGCUGGAUCUGGCAACCUCGUACUGUGAGAACAGGCUGAAGCGGCUGUGUCAGCACAUCAUAAAGCGAGGCAUCACUGUAGAGAAUGCCUUCUCCCUGCUGUCUGCUGCAGUCAGAUACGAUGCUGAGGAUCUGGAGGAAUUCUGUUUCAAGUUCUGCGUGAACCACCUGACCGAGGUCACCCAGACAGCAGCAUUCUGGCAGAUUGACGGUAACAUGCUGAAGGAGUUUAUCUGCAGAGCCAGCCGCUGCGGAGCCUUCAAAAACUGACGCUGCGGCCUCAGGCCAGCACCACGUGCGCACAUGCAGAGGCUUAGUAGCCAAGGAGCCCAUCUGUUACUGCAGGCAGUCAUCCAGACCACUAGAAGGCACUGUUACUAAGUGAAGUUGAUCAACCUUCAAGGCAGAAGACUCUGCUUCGUUGAUUUGCAGUGCAGAUUUUCAUGAAGUCACCUGCAGUGUUUAUCUUGCUAAUUUUCCAUCUAAGCCAUGGGAAAAAUUCAACAAACAUGCAUUCAUGGAUCCAUAGGUAUAUUCUGUGCAAGUUUAGAAAUUCUGGCACAAAUGUACCCUAGAGGUUUUGGCACUGGAUGUCUUUUGCCAGUUAGAAUCUCUAGGUCUUGCUUCAGAGCCCAUCUGUUACAUUUACUUAGGAAACAGAUCUCAGUGUUACUCAUAAAUAAUUGUUAGCCACGGAGCUGAUCUGUUACUUUAUAUGCUGUCUACACUGUUUCAAUUCACAGAUCUAAUAUUGGAGACAUUAUAAUAAUGUUACAUCCUAACACUGCUGCUGGUGUAGUUUGCACUGUGGUGAUCACUGAGGUGGAUUAUAUAGCUUUGGUGUGCAUCAUUGAAAGCACUUUGUUACUUUGCUCUCGCUCUCCCUCUUUCAUCUAUCAGUGUUAGAGAGGUGAAUUACUGAGUUUCUGGUUUGGUGCAGUGCAUUCAUCUUCAAGGAUGUAAUUGCAGGUAUUAGCAAAUAUACUGGCACAUGCCAGUGUGCAACCCCAUGAGACACACCUUCUCAUUUUAGCUGUUCAGAGAGCUCAUAAUCCAACAUUGACCAUGCCAGUCUUAAACUUAAA